UGGGGCGUUUUACCGCCACUAAAUAUUAAUUAUGUUUAAAAAUAUGAAUGAAACCUAGAAUUUUAGGAAUUUUUAUUGAAUCGGUAUAUUUUUCCGGAUUAUAAAACUGUUUUUUAAUGCAAACUUCGACCAAAAACGACGUAAAAAUGUGCAAUAACCCUUGUGAUUUAGUUAAGACUGAUUUGUUUCGUGUUUAUUUAUGAUGCAAUUGUAAAAUACAUUUAAUUUUGUAAAGUCCUUAAUGAACAAAUUUAAGGAUGCAAAAUCCAACCAAGAAACGAAAUCCUGAAACUGCAAAGCCCUCGACCUCAAAAAGAAAUACAUCUCAGCCCAGUUUUUCGGAGCAGAAGGGAAAUUUGGAAAAUGAAAUUCAACCAGAAAAGGAAAAUCUGGAAAAAAUAAAACCUUCAAGAUCAAAGGCACUAUUUUCAAACAAAGAAGAAGAUGAUGGGGAAUCUCUACUUUUUAGGAGACAUUCGAGGAGAAAAAAGGCUAAUCAGAAAAGUGUUAGUGAUCUUAACUCAAAAUAUUCAAAUUUAGUUGUACGCGAAUCAAAAAUUGUGGAAGAAAAGGAGGAUAAAUUAAUUUUAAAUGAGAUAGGUGGAAAUUCUCCUAAUGGGGGUCAUUCUUUCAAUAGCAAUAUUUUCAUAAUGCCCACUCAAGAAAAUUUUUCAAAUUCGAAUAGCACCCAUAUUGAUUCGCAAGAUUCCUUGGAUCAAUUAAAACUAGCAAGCUGGGGAUUGCCAAAAGGAAUUCUGAAGAAAUAUGAAGCUCGAGGAAUCAAGACCAUGUUUCCAUGGCAAGUGGAAUGUCUCUCAAAUGAAAGAUUAAUUAGGGAAAACCGAAAUCUAGUUUAUUCAGCUCCAACUUCUGCGGGAAAGACGUUGGUUGCUGAGAUUCUGGUACUCAAAACAGUUUUGGAACGCCAGAAGAAAGUCAUUUUCAUUUUACCUUUUGUUUCGGUAGUUCGUGAGAAAAUGUUUUAUUUCCAGGAUUUACUCUCAGACAGUGGAGUCAGAGUGGAAGGAUUUAUGGGAAGUAUUACUCCAGCUGGAGGAUUUCAAUCCGUUAAUAUCGCAAUAGCAACAAUUGAAAAAGCUAAUUCGUUAAUAAACCGCUUAUUAGAGGAAGAUAAUUUAACAUCUGUGGGAGCUGUCGUUAUUGAUGAACUUCAUCUUCUGGGAGAUCCUCAUCGUGGAUAUAUUUUAGAGUUAUUGCUUACCAAACUCAGAUAUAUUUCACUGAGAUACGAGGAGAUCAAUAUACAACUUAUUGGCAUGUCUGCCACUCUUCCAAAUUUAUCUGUGCUAGCAGAUUGGUUGGAUGCUGAAUUGUACAAAACCGAUUUUCGACCCGUUCCUCUAGAUGAACAAUGUAAAAUCGAUUCUUCAAUAUACAACCGAGAUUUGGAAUUAAUAAGAGAACUACCUCUAAUUCCUGAAUUGACAAACGACACAGACAAUAUUAUUCAACUUUGCCUCGAAACGAUAGAGGGUGGACACAGCGUUUUAAUAUUUUGUCCCACUAAAAACUGGUGUGAAAAAUUGGCUCUACAAACAGCCUCUGCAUUUUUUAGUAUAGGUCGUUCAGAUUCACCUUUAGGAGAAACUUUGAAAAUAAGGUUAGAUGCUUCUGCAAUCUAUGAAACUUUGGAGCAACUCAAACGUACCCCAACUGGUUUGGAUAGCGUUUUAAAAAAUACAGUUUCAUUUGGGGUUGCUUUUCAUCAUGCUGGACUGACUAUCGACGAACGCGAUAUUAUCGAAGGAAGUUUUAGAACCGGUUCCUUGAAAGUUCUAGCAGCCACUUCAACUUUAAGUACUGGGGUCAAUUUACCGGCGAGAAGAGUGAUAAUUCGAUCGCCUAAUUUUCAUGGUAGACCAUUGGAUACUCUCUCUUAUCAUCAAAUGAUUGGACGCGCAGGUCGCAUGGGAAAGGAUACUGCUGGUGAAAGUAUCCUAGUUUGUAAAGCAAAGGAAAGAGCCAUAGCUGAAAGUCUGCUCACCGCUUCCCUGCAACCCAUAGAGUCCUGUUUCGAAGAUUCUGGACCUUUAAUGCGAUCUCUUCUUGAAGCUAUUGCCAGUGAAAUUGUCCGCACUCCUGAGAAUCUCGAUUCAUACAUAAAAUGCACCUUUAUUCAUUUACAAGAAAAAGGCGCAGGGUCAAUCUCGAGAACAAUUAAUGAAGCCGUUCAGUUUUUACUGGUUAACGAAUUUCUGAUUUUGCAAGAGACUGAAGAAGAACAUUUAAAACGAUGGAGUGCAACAUCUCUCGGCAAAGCUUGUCUCGCAGCUUCCGUUCCGCCAAAAGAGGGAUUAUUUCUCUUUGAAGAAUUAUUAAAAGCACGAAAGUGUUUGGCUUUAGAUACGGAAUUACACGUUGUUUAUUUAGUCACACCUUACAAUCCAGGAUCUCAGAUUGGACAAAUGGAUUGGAUGGUUUUUUUGGAAAUGUGGUCAACCAUGGGGGAACCAGAAAGAAGGGUUGCCAAACUCGUAGGUGUAGAGGAACGGUUUUUAACGUCCGCAGCGAGGGGCGUUCUACCAACAGGAAAAAGUCUGAACAUCCACAGAAGAUUUUACACUGCACUUGCACUUUACGAACUCGUGAGGGAAAUUCCUCUUUACAGAGUCUGCAAAAAGUUUGGAUGCGGUCGUGGAUUGCUACAAAGCUUACAACAGUCGUCUUCGACUUAUGCAGGUAUGAUAACCAGUUUCUGCAAGCAGUUAAAUUGGAGUUGUAUGGAAUUACUAGUAGCUCAAUUUCAAACACGUCUGCAAUUUGGUGUGGGCAGGGAUUUAAUGGACUUGUUGAGACUUCCAAGUCUAAAUGGGCUUCGGGCAAGAAGUCUUUAUAAAGCAGGAAUAACGAGUGUUGUCGAAUUGGCUGUAGCCGACGAACUUGAUAUCGAACGAGCUUUGCAUAAAGCUCUCCCUUUUGAAAGUGGAAAGGAACACAAUGGAGAAUGUCAGUUUGAACUUGCCAGACAAAAUAAAGUAAGAACCACCUUUAUAACAGGAAAAGAUGGACUUACAACUCGACAAGCUGCUGUGCUUUUAAUUCAAGAAGCCAGAUCUCUCCUCCAAAAUGAAUUGGGAGUUCACGAAGUACAGUGGGGGCCAACAAACGGAAAGACUACUAACUCAAAUCUCUCUCGACAAAAUACUUCCAUUACUUCUCAACGUUCCGAAAUUAUAAAAGAGGAACCUUUAGAACCUGCCGAAUCAGAAAAUGUCCUAGAGGUUAAUGAAGACGAAGAAGAUGAAGUCCAAGGAACCCAGAAUUUGGUCACCAAAACCCAAAGUGAUUCAAACCUCCCCAAAAAAUUAAAUAAGUCGAAAAAAGACAAGAAUAGUUCCAGGAGCAAACGUGGACUGACUAUUGAGAUAACUAAGCCUUCUCAAAAAACACAGGAUAAAACAAACGUCGAAGCAGAAAUCAGCAGAACAUCAAAGCAAUCAAGUUUACUUGAUCUCUCAACAGAGGAUGCGCAAAAUAUGGAAUCACUCAAAUUUUCAUCAAAUAAUUUAACGUUUUCUCAGAAAAGUGUUUACGAGAAUAUCGAUAAGGAGACGGAAAUUGCUUUGGAGGAAGUAUUGUUGAAUAUCGAGGCAUUCGACGAAGAAUCAAACGAAAACGAAAAGGAGUUUUCGAAGAGUCCGAAUUUAUUCGAUAGCGAAUGCUCUGCAAAUAAUUGCAGUGCUUUGGAGCAAAAUGUUUUAGGUUCUCUGCGUCUUUCCGAUUUCGAAAUGUCGAAUUUAUCAAGAAAAAUAUCAAGUGGAUGGACCGAGGCCAAUUUAACAAACAAUCAGGUCCAGGAAGUUUCGAAAAAUGCGGAAAUAAUCGAGAACAGAAAGACGGGAACGAUAGAGGAUAUGUUUACAACUGCAGAUUUCGAUGUAAAUUUCACAGUAAAGAAAGAAUCAGAGGAGCCGGAAGUAAAAGAAUUAAGCGCGAAUAUCGAAAAUGAUUUGAGACAAAAUGAAGCUGAUCCGAAUCAAGUUAAUUUAAACGAGGAAAAUGUAGGACUUUCAGGAAUUCGUCUCUCUGAUUUCGAAUUUACUGCACCUUUAAAACCUGAUUCUGGUGUCCAAAAUUCAACUCCGAAAGAAAAUGUUUCGGAAAUACGAGCUUCUGUAUUUGAUUUCAGUUCUUCAAUGAAUAUUCCUCAACCUAAAGAAAUUUCAGGGAGAGAAGUCAAAGAAACUGCAAAAAGAAAUGAGCCUGAGGAAGGAAAUAAAAAUUACCUUUCAGGAAUAAACGUUUCUGACUUUGAAAUGACGCACAAAAAUGACAAGUCUAAAGAAAUUUUAUCCGGAAUUAACGCUUCGGAGUUCGAAUUGAGUAAAGUGCCUAAAAUUUUUAAAAAAUCUAAAGACAAUUCGAAGGGAUAUUCUAAAAGUCUUUCCAAAGGAAAUUCUGUUAAAGAAAAUUCUCAGAUGGGAACAUCAGACUAUUUGCUAGCCAAUAUCUCAGAAAAUUUGCCACCAAUGAAAUUGAAUGUCAACACCAACGACUUAGAAAUAACAAAAACCAAAGUGUCUCGAGAUCAUAAAUUGAAAAGCGAAAGUCUUUCUGGUUGGAAUUCAGAUUCCUGGGAUAAUGUACAGGUUAAUGAGAAAACUAGCAGCUCAGAGGGGGGAAAGCGAAUUAAAAAUAGCGAAAGUAAUUCUGGGAAUAAAGAAAAUUUGAUAAAAAAAAGGAAAUUGAUAGAGAAGACAAAAUAUUCCGGAGCUGAAGGAUCUCCGAUUGCGAGUGUUGAGACUUAUAAAGCUCGGAGAGUUUCUGUAGCUUCUAAUCAAUCGGAUUCUGAUGAUAUGUUUGCACCUCCGAAGAAAAUGAAAGUUUCUCAUCAAACAAGUAAACCAGGUUCUAGCAAAAUUCAAGGAGACAAUCCAAAAAGAAUCUCAAACGAGAAAUUAGUCAGAAGUAGCUUAGAUCAUCAAUCUAGUUUUGAAAGUCUUGUAUUUUCUGAAGGAGAAACUUCUGUUCGCAGCGAUCUCAAACAGAAAAUUGAAAAUGAACAAAAAUGGAAAUCUGCGAGUGUCAUAAUUAGCAAAAAGAUGCUCAAUCUCUUGAAACAAAAAUUGUUAAAACGAACCGAAAUUUCUUUUGCUUUAGAGUGUGAGCCAUUCACAGAAAAAAAGAUGACUAUUGGUGCGAAAAUUCUUGGCGGGAAGAACGAUGAAGAUAAAAAAUCCAAGCCUGUAAAAUUCGUUUGUGGGGAUAAAAAGAUUUGCGGGGCUUCCAUUUCCUGGGGAUAUGAUGCACUUUAUUAUAUUCCACUCGUAAAUUUUCCAGAAAUGAAAGUUCCUCUUAAAGAAAGGCUGGAACUUCUGAACGAAGUCUUGACGAAUUCUACGAUCAAUGUGAGGUGUUAUUUAGCAAAAAAGACUUACAAGUUGUUGUACAAAUGUUGUGGAAUUGUUCCAACUUGUAAAUUUCUUGAUCCUGCUGUUGCGGAUUGGAUACUGAAUUCAGACGAAAGUGCAAAAAAUAUGAGAUUUUUGGUGGAGAAAUAUUAUCCAGAUGCACAUAAUUAUUAUGAAAAUCGUAGUGUAAUUGAUGAUAAUUCUCAAUAUACGGAAAAUGAGUCAACAAGAGAAGCUUUACUUACAUGGCAGAUUACGGAAGUGCUUAUGAAAAAUAUUGAGGAGAAGAGUUCAACUUUAUUGCAGACGUUUAAAGAACUUGAGAUGCAAGUGAUUUCAGUAUUAGCUCGCAUGGAAUUAAGAGGUUUGGGUAUAAAUCUUGUAGCCUUACAGGAGCUAUCGGACGUGAUUAAAAAAGAAAUGUCUCUUUUAGAAGAAAAGGCAUUUUUUCUCGCUGGCAGAAAGUUUAACUUUAUGUCCUCUACGAACGUCGCUCAAAUCUUAGGUUUGCAAAAAAAGAGGAAGAUUUCAACAAGCAAAGCCGUUUUGGAACAGUGCACUCAUCCGAUUGCGAAGCUAGUGAUGUCAUGGAGAAAAUUGAACGCUCUUCAAGCAAAGAUGGUACUCCCUUUUUUGAAUGCGGCUCAAAAUUCGCGAAUUUACGGUUCGCACAUAACUCACACAGUAACAGGAAGGGUUUCAAUGUGUGAACCAAAUUUGCAAAAUGUGCCUAAGGAUUUUAGUUCAGAAGACAAAACAUACGUGAUAAGUAUUCGAAUGGCUUUUAUUCCAACCGCUGGCAAUAUAAUGCUUUCUGCUGAUUAUUGUCAACUCGAGCUUCGAAUUCUGGCCCAUUUUUCGAACGAUUCGUUACUUCGUUCCAUUAUGAGAAAAGAGGGAAAUGAUAUCUUUAAAAGCAUCUCCGCCAAAUGGAAUGACAUCGCCGAAGAAAUGGUGGACGAUAGAAUGCGUCAAAGGACGAAACAACUUUGUUACGGGAUGAUUUAUGGAAUGGGAACAAAGUCUCUAGCUGAAAGUUUGUCUAUCACAGAGACAGAAGCUAAAGAAUUUUUGGAAACUUUUAUGAAAACCUAUAAAGGGAUUCGUUCCUGGCUAUCGAACAUCGUUAAACGAGCUCGUGUCGAUGGUUACGUAACGACGCUCACAAAACGAUACAGAAUGUUACCAGGCUUAUGGAGUGAAAAUCGAUCUGAAAAAUCUCAGGCAGAAAGGCAGGCUGUAAAUACAAAAAUUCAGGGAUCAGCCGCAGAUAUUGCUAAAAAAUCGAUGAUUCUUAUCGACGAAAGAUUGCGACAAGAAUUUCCAAUAGCAUCUCCUAUUUUUCCAUCUUUACGAUCCAAAAGAAGAUUAAGAAGCUCAGGAUCGAGUUUGGAAUUCAGAGGUGCUUACCUAGUCUUGCAAUUACAUGAUGAAUUGCUAUUUGAGGUCAAUGCAAACGAUUUGCACAUCGUAGCUGGAUUAGUGAAAGAUUCGAUGGAGAAAGCUUAUACACUCGAGGUGCCACUGCCAGUAAAAUUAAGAGUCGGUCCAGCCUGGGGUGAUCUUAAAGAAUAUAAUUGUUAGUAUUAAGGAGCAAAGCUGCCAAUAUUAUAAUUAUUUUAUACAAUAUUUUUACACAGGAUUUAAUUUUGAUAAAUUCUAAUAUUGAAUGAAAUUUGGCGACUAUUUUAUAGCCUUUUACAGCAUUUUUAUAGCCUUUUUAUAGCAUUUUAUUUUUAUGUACAUAUACAAGUUUUUUUUUAUGAAACUAAUUUGUAUGUUAAAAAAUUGGUGUCAAUCCUUAUUGUGAAUAAAAUUCACUCAAUUGUGGUCAUAAUUUUUAAGACUGAGUAAUAAGGAGGCGAUUGCUUUUUACAGUCGCUGGAGUAAUCAAUCUAAAAUCAUGUAACUAUUAUAAUAGGUGAAGAAGAUUUUUGUACGACUUUAAUCAUUUUAUAAAUAAAUACUAUUUUAACAGACA